AUGGAGUCUACUUUAGAACAGAUUGGAAAGACGCUUAACAUUGAAGAUAGGACCAUUUCAGAGUUUGUACACGACGUUUGUAAAAAGAGCUCCAGUCUACAAGCAUUUCAGUCUAAAAUCGAUGAGUUGGAUGUGGGUAUAGGGUCGAAUGCAGCGGCCGAAGUUUACCACUUAGUACACGAGGUAAAUGAUAAGUCAUCCAAAGCCAAGGUUGCAAAGGUGUUAAAUGAUGAGAUAGGGUUGAGUGACCCCGCGGUCGUAGAAUUCAUUUUUGAAAUCUGUUCCAAGUCCAAUUCCUGUGCUGAACUUGAGUCACAGUUAGAAGCCCUGAACUGUGGGAUCAAUGCAAGUACAGCAAGGUCAAUAUAUCACGCAUCCAAAAACUCUGAUCGUUCUCUCAAUGGAAAGGGGUUUGGAGCACUUAAUAUGCCAAAUGAGGACGUAAAAUGGGAGGAUCCUUACAUCACGGACAAACAAAAGAUACAUGAUCCUCCUCCACUUUUGGACGAAUCACCCAUCAUAGAUAAGAUAUACAGUGGGGUCGUGAAGAAAAUCGUGCCAUUUGGAUGUUUUGUUCGAAUUUUAGGAACCCGCGACUCGCGGUGCGACGGUUUGGUUCACAUCUCCGAGAUUGCCAAUAGAAGGCUUCGAGACCCCACUGAAGCUGUUUCUGUCAAUCAGAACGUUUUUGUGAAAGUGAUAAGAAUACAUCAAAAUGGUAAGAUCUCGCUAAGGAUGAGAGAAAUCGACCAAGAAACUGGCAUGGAGCAGUCGCAAGAGCAAAAUCGUGGUAGAUCUUUCGAGAAGAGCAAUCAAUCUCUGAUCAAGAGAAAAUUCACGUCACCGGAAAGAUGGGAAAUACGUCAAUUGAUCGCUAGUGGAGCGGCUUCACUUGAUGAUUACCCAGAGCUUCAGGAAUCGUUUGAACAUGAUGGAAACUCUUCAAAAAGAGAUACCGCAGAUACUGCAGAGGUGGACAUUGAACUUCAAACCGACGACGAACCUCAAUUUCUAAAAGGAGAGAUAGAUCGUUCUCAGAAAUAUGAGAUGCCCCAGCUUAGCAAGGUUCCCCAAGGGUCCCUUGCCAGAACAGCACUAAGUGGAUCAAACAUGAUGAAUGAGCAUAGAACCGAGAAAAUACAACAAAGAAAAGAUCGCGAACUCGAAGCGCGACAGGCAAAAAGUGCACAUGCGUCGAAUAUGGCGGAAACAGAAUUUCAAAACAGACAGCUCGUUAUGACGGCAUGGGAACGGAGUAGAAAUAGAGAGCCUAUAGAGUACGGAAAAAGGACUGAUUUGCCCAUUAGGGCUCAGCGAGAGUCAUUGCCCGUGUUUCAAAUGCGCCAGCAACUGGUGGAUGCAAUUCGAGAUAAUCAGUUUAUGGUAAUCGUAGGGGAGACCGGAUCCGGAAAGACUACUCAAAUUACACAAUAUUUGGAUGAAGAUGGAUUCAGUAGUAAAGGAAUGAUAGGGUGCACUCAGCCAAGGAGAGUGGCGGCGGUAUCCGUCGCUAAACGUGUUUCUGAGGAGAUGGGCUGUCGGCUUGGUGAUGAUGUUGGCUAUACGAUCAGAUUCGAGGAUGUGACCUCACCUAGAACAAGAAUAAAGUAUAUGACCGAUGGUAUGCUCCAAGUAGAAGCGCUCAAAGACCCGGAGAUGAAAAAAUACUCAGUGAUUCUCCUUGAUGAAGCCCACGAACGUACGGUGGCUACAGAUGUCCUGUUUGGAUUGUUAAAGAAAGCCGCCUCAAGAAGACCAGAUCUCAGAAUUAUUGUUACAUCUGCGACCUUGGAUGCAGAAAAGUUUUCAGCAUACUUUUUGAACUGCCCAAUUAUUAAAAUACCCGGUAAGACCUUCCCUGUUGAUGUACUGUUUUCACAAACCCCUCAAAUGGAUUACAUCGAGAGUACUUUGGACACUGUCAUGGAAAUUCACAUUAAUGAGGGGAAAGGUGACAUUUUGGUCUUCUUAACAGGCCAGGAAGAGAUUGAUACUUGUUGCGAAGUCUUAUAUGAACGAGUUAAAACGUUAGGAGAUACAAUACAGGAGCUUCUUAUAUUACCUGUCUACUCUGCUCUCCCUAGUGAAGUUCAAUCAAAGAUUUUUGAACCGACCCCUGCAAACUGUAGAAAAGUAAUUUUCGCUACUAACAUAGCGGAAACCUCGAUCACGAUCGAUGGUAUAUAUUUCGUCGUUGAUCCGGGCUUUUCAAAAAUCAACACAUACAACCCUCGAGUUGGAAUGGAACAGCUGGUCGUUUCUCCAAUUUCACAGGCUCAAGCCAAUCAAAGAAAAGGCCGUGCGGGUCGGACAGGGGCAGGAAAAUGCUAUCGAUUAUAUACUGAAUCGGCAUUCUUGAAUGAAAUGACUCCGAAUACUAUUCCCGAAAUACAAAGGCAAAACCUAUCAUACACCAUUUUGAUGCUCAAAGCAAUGGGAAUUAAUGACCUAUUAAACUUUGAGUUUAUGGACGCGCCGCCCAGGUCUUCUAUGACAAGCGCCUUAGAAGACUUGUAUAAUUUGCAAGCGUUGGAUGACGAUGGUAGACUCUCGAAGCUUGGCCGCUUGAUGUCACAAUUCCCAAUGGAACCUGCUUUGUCCAAAGCUCUCAUUGAAUCGACAGUUCAGGGUUGCUCAGAUGAGAUGACUACCAUUAUUUCGAUGCUCUCCGUGCAAAACGUUUUUUAUAGGCCCCGCGAUAAGCAACAAGAAGCUGACAAUAAGAAAGUUCAGUUUCACCAUCCAUAUGGAGAUCAUCUCACGCUCCUCAAUGUUUAUAAUCGUUGGAAGGCAAACAAUUACUCAAAGAGUUUCUGCGUGAACAACUUCCUCCACGAGCGACAUUUAAAAAGAGCCAAAGACGUAAAGUUGCAACUUGAAAGCAUUUUCAGUAAGCUGAGAUUACCUCUCAAUAACUGCAACGGGAACAUCGACCUGAUACGGCGAACGCUCGUGUCAGGGUUUUUCAGAAAUGCUGCUAAACGGGACUCAGAAUCGGGAUAUAAAACGAUCACGGACGGUACCUCCGUUACCGUGCAUCCCUCUAGUUCCCUCUAUGGCAAAGACUAUGAUUACGUUAUCUACCAUAGUUUGGUUCUAACAACUCGAGAAUAUAUGUCGCAUGUCACCGCGAUUUCUCCACAAUGGCUAGUCGAAAGUGCACCACACUUUUAUAAAGUCGCUGGAGCAGAAAGCGAAUCUCGAAAAAAAGCGAAAAUUGUUCCUCUGUUCAAUAAGUUUUCCCAGAACCAAGACUCGUGGAGACUCAGCUCCAUUCGGCAGACUAAAGAGAGGGCCCUAGGGAUCAAGCGAUAA